AGCUAUUCCUUCCUUUCAGUUUCAUAAUAAAACAAACUUCACGCACAUCACUCCUGAGCUCACAAACAAAUACGACAAAUUUCACAAAAACUUAAAUCUAUCUAUGUAGUAAAGUUUGUGCAUACUAUUGCCCUCGUUUCUUAAUUUAACCAAGAACGACACCGACUCUAAUUGCAGAGGCAAAGCGACCGAUCAUCAUUUUGAAGAGAUGGCCCAUGGAGGUGGCGAUGAUUUGUUUCAUCAGUUACCAGAUAUUGUCGAACUGAAGAAGGAGCGCGACUAUUACUUUUCUAAAUUACGCAUUAUUGAGGCUCUCUGCCAUGAGUCUGAGGAGACCGAAAAGUUGCCAUUUAUACAGAAAAUUUUAGGCAUUUUAUAUUCGACCGAUGAUGGAACGCUACGUCAGGAACGCUACGUCAGAGCACGAGAAGCAGCAUUAAAUGUAAACGAAAAUAACCGGAGAAAUUAGUUUGCUGCCUAUUCAUACGCAACGCCAUGGUUUUUAACAGAUGUUAUAAAAUUAUUUGACCUAAAUAUGGUGCUGUUUAAAAGAACAUUACACAGGUAUAAUUUGCAUACCGAUCAAUUAAAUUAGUUGUCAUAUGUACAACUAUAAUCGAAUAAAAUUGUAUUGCGUUUACCAUGA